AUGUUCUCUCAGCGAGUUCGGCUUGCAAAGUACCCUCUUCAGGAUGUUGCUGACAGUGCAGACCAUGAUUGGCAACAACACGAUGCACCUCUCGAAGACUUCCAGACAGGUAAUGCAUCAUGCCUACCACCGAUGAUCUCAAAAGAUACUCAGGUCUUUAUCAUAGCUGUAAACGAGAAGCAUACUAGCGCGAAUGUGCAAUUUAAAAAUUGGUUGGUGAACCAUUUUUGUAUGCCGCAUCUAUGGUGGUCCAACUAUAUCGACAAUGCGAACGGGUAUUUUGGUUGCGAGGCAACUCACAAUGAAGACACAAUGACUGGAUUUAAUACCUGGGCCUACUUCGAAACCAAGCAUCUGGCCAAGGAUUUGACCUACUCCUGGUCAAAGAUCAAGAUAUUCACACGAUGGUUACCCUCGACUAACCAAACGGGAAUUAUACUGUUUGACACGUCCGAAGAUAUGUUGAAAUCGAACUUUCACCCCGACCCCGACCGAAUGAAUGACCCCUUCUGGGUGUACACUCGUAUCUUGGAAGAUGUUGCCCGUCUAGACGAGGCCACAGUAUGGGACAUCCGAAACCACGUCCGAGAGCUGGAAAAAGUGAAAUUGCAAUCAGGUCAAAAGCCACAGCCCGAUUAUCGACGCUUGCACGAUAUCGCUCGACAUGCGAUCCAUGUGACCGAAGCUCUCGAAGUGACGGUUCAGAAUAUUGACCAAAUUGGAAGACAACACGAGAUCUUUGUUGAUUCCUGGAAGAAUAGCAGGGCGACAGCAGCUCACCAAGAAGUUUCCCGAAGGCUAGCAUUCUUCAAAAGCUACAUUGACAGCGCACGGCAACGCUCAAUCUCGAACGAGAAAAGACUGCAAAAUGAAAUUCAGCUAGCAUUUAAUGUCGUUGCUCAGCAUGAUGCAGGUAUUACUGUUGAAAUCAGCCGUGCUGCUCGUUCAGACAGCGCAACUAUGAAGACUCUUGCCUUUGUCACACUCACAUUUCUACCUCCCACUUUCAUCUGUGCACUCUUCAGCAUGUCAUUCUUUCAUUACGACAGUGGUGAGGGUUGGGCUGUCUCGAACCAAAUCUGGAUAUAUUGGGUGAUUGCUGUUCCGACUACGAUUGCAACUGCUUUGGUGUGGAAUUACUGGCCAACGCUCUUUUCGAGUACCUCAGAGAGUCUUCAUAAUGUGGAGGCAACUCAAUCCCUCCCUAAGUAA